AUACCAAGGAAAUAAAAGGAUACAACAAUGCUUCAAGUAACGGCCGACCGGUUCGGGCGCCGGAGCAGUUCCAUCGGUUGCCGAUCAAUUGUUGGCCGGCGGACUUCGAUGUACAUCAACCAAACACAGCACGAUCGCGAUCCGUUCAAGUUAAUCCUCGAAAUCAACAGCGAAGUAGCACUAUUUCGUGAUCUGCUUAUCCACGUCGGUCAAUCGAGAGACUGUCCCGAGCUGCGCGAGAAAAUACGGAAACUUCGCCGGUCCUGCGUCGAAGCCUGCAAACACACCGCCGCGCUGAUACUGCCCCAGAUACGAACCGCCAUUGCCGAGGGCAUCCUUACCGAUAACCCACACCUGGUGCUGCUGUUCUACCUUGCUCAACUAUUUCUAAGAGAAUUAAUCAAAAGCCACCGGCUGGUGCAGGUAAUACCGAUGGACAUGUCCGGCUAUUACGAAAACCGUGCCGGCCCGUCAAAUCUGGGCAAUGUGAUAAGUCAGAUACUGCUCUGCAAGCAAAUUACGCCCGACUUCAAUCAGGAGGAGCUGUGCAGCAUUACCAAGGAUUCGCAGGAGAUCGCCCGAAUACUGCAGGAGCUGCAGGAGUUUAUGCCACAGCAGGAAAGCUACCUAGAGCGAACAAUCGCCCUCACGACCGAAAUCAACGGACCCUGGCCAGCGAAACGUCGGCGCGGAUCAUUAUACAAAAACAUGGGCCUGCUGUGCUGCGUGUCGCGGCCCAACUACCUAUGAAUGCGGACGACACUGCGGCCAAAUGUGUGCGUGUGCAUGUGCUUGAUCAUGUCGGA